CUGAUUUGAACACGUUGUUGGUUGCCUAUAGGGUAUGAGGUGUUAUCUGUCGAGCGCAGAGCAUAUUUGAAAUUAAAUAUUGCAUCAUUUUAUUUUCACAGAAACUUACUUCAGUGGGAUUUCUAAUUGGAACGAACAUAAAAUGAAUAUUACAUGUUCGAAAACGAGUCCACCCGUGGGUGGUUUCCUGUUUGCUAAAUAUAUUGAGGGACAAUAUAAAAAUGUGGCCAGCAUCAAAUGGAGCACAGAGUCUGCUGUCGAUAAACAUGGUGAUAAAUAUCAAUGUUCAUCUGAUAUCCAAAUGUGCAGAGUUCUUGCUAAACUCACAGAUGAGGAUGGAUGUUAUGGAGAGAAUGCCCUGGAGAAGUCACAGGUUGAUAGUUGGUUGAACUACUCGACAGGACCAUUACUUUCCAAAGCAAAUUUCACAGCUAGUCUGGAAUAUCUAAAUAAAGCUUUGACUUCAAUGACUUACUUAGCUUGCAAGAGGUUAACAAUUGCUGAUAUUUCAAUUUUUGGUGUACUAUAUGCUAAUAAGCAAUGGCAAGGUUUGGUUUCAAAGAAGGAAGCGCCAGUGAAUCUUUUGCGUUGGUAUAAUUUCAUAAAGGGACAGCAAGAUCUCGGUCAUGCUCUUACUUGUAUACCGGAAGAUGUUAAGGCUGUUAUGAGUCCGGUUUCGAGUAGACAGACAGCGGACAAAAGCGGCCGCGCUCAAGAAGGCAAAUUUGUAGAUUUGCCUGGUGCGGAGAUGGGUAAAGUGAUAGUCCGUUUUCCUCCAGAAGCAUCUGGUUAUCUGCACAUUGGCCAUGCUAAGGCUGCCCUGCUUAAUCAGUACUACCAGCAAGCUUUCAAUGGAAAGUUGAUCAUGCGAUUCGACGAUACCAAUCCUGCUAAGGAGAACGUCCAUUUCGAGAAAGUCAUCCUCGAAGAUGUGGCUAUGCUUGAGAUCAAACCGGAUAUGUUCACGCAUACAUCACAAUAUUUCGAUCUUAUGAUCGAGUAUUGCGAGAAAAUGCUCAAAAAUGGCACAGCCUAUGUAGACGAUACAAAUGCGGAAAUGAUGAAAGAGCAGAGAGACCAAAAGAUGGAAAGCGUCAACAGGAAUAAUUCAUACGAAAAGAAUCGCGCUAUGUGGGAUGAAAUGGUGAAAGGUUCCGCAAAGGGUCAACAAUGUUGCGUGAGGGCUAAGAUUGACAUGCAAAGCCCUAAUGGUUGCAUGAGGGAUCCCACUAUCUAUAGGUGCAAGAACGAACCGCAUCCUAGGACUGGAACACAAUACAAAGUAUAUCCAACUUAUGAUUUCGCUUGUCCAAUUGUGGACGCAAUUGAAGGUGUUACUCACACUCUUCGUACUAUGGAAUACCAUGACAGGGAUGCCCAAUUUUACUGGUUCAUAGAUGCUUUAGGUCUUAGAAAGCCAUACAUCUGGGAAUAUAGUAGACUGUCCAUGACCAACACUGUAUUGAGUAAACGGAAACUUACUUGGUUCGUCCAAGAAGGUCUCGUCGAUGGAUGGGAUGAUCCACGAAUGCCGACAGUACGCGGUGUUCUUCGCAGAGGUAUGACCGUGGAAGGUUUGAAGCAGUUUAUCAUUGCUCAGGGAUCAAGUCGUUCUGUUGUCUUCAUGGAAUGGGACAAGAUCUGGGCGUUCAACAAGAAGGUCAUUGAUCCUAUUGCUCCGCGAUUCACCGCUCUAGAACACGAAAAUCCUGUGUCAAUUAUCGUAAAGGGUGUUAAGGAAGAAAAGACUUCUGUGCCCAAACAUCCCAAGGAUACUAAAAUCGGGAACAAAGAUGUGUGGGUUGGUCCAAAGAUAUUGAUCGAUGGUGCCGAUGCCGAGUCCUUGAAGGAGGGCGAAAAUACUACCUUUAUUAAUUGGGGUAACUUAAUGAUCAAGAAAAUCAACAAACAAAAUGGAAAAGUAACGUCUGUUGAAGCCGAACCCAACUUGGAUAACAAAGAUUACAAGAAAACAGUUAAACUCACGUGGUUGGCUGAAACAGCGAAGGCGGAGUUCACUCCGACUUGGUGCGUUUAUUUCGAUCAUAUCAUGAGCAAACCAUUGUUGGGCAAGGAUGAUGAUUUCAAAGACUUUGUUGGACACGAAACAAGGAGAGAAGUCAAGAUGCUCGGAGAUCCAGAAUUGAGGAAUUUGAAGGAAGGCGAUAUCAUCCAAUUGCAACGUAAAGGAUUCUUCAGAGUCGAUGUACCAUACAGUCCUCCAAGCGAGUUCAGCAAUGUCGAACAGCCAAUCGUUUUGUUCUAUAUUCCAGAUGGUCAUACAAAGGAAACGCCCACCGCGAACGUAACAGCUUCCAAAGUGCAGACCACUAAUAAACAGAGUAAGGAAAGUGGAUCUAGCAAACAAGGCUCGCCGAAACCAAGCAGAACUGCUGUUGAUAUUAAUGAUGAAAUUGUGAAGCAAGGUGAUACUGUGCGGAACUUGAAGACUCAAAAAUCUCCUAAAGCCGAUAUCGACAGUGCGGUAAAGAUUCUAUUGGCACUUAAGACUGAAUACAAAGAGUUAACUAAAUCUGACUGGAAACCUGGUUGCGUGGCAUCAGCUCCAACCUCUGGUAACACUGACGAUUUAAGUUCAAAGAUUUCAGCACAAGGCGAAAAGGUAAGGAAAUUGAAGUCUGAAAAGGCUGAUAAGGGAACAGUCGAUGUUGAAGUGAAAGCUUUACUGGCUUUGAAAGCUCAAUAUAAGGAGUCGACUGGCAAGGAUUGGAAACCAGAACCUGCUGCAACUAUUUGCCCUGCGUCAUCGUCAUCGCCAAACAAUAGUGAAAUAUUAGCCAAGAUCACUCUGCAAGGUGUCAAAGUUAGAGAGCUUAAAUCGAAGAAAGCUGAUAAAGCAGCGAUCGACGCCGAGGUGAAGCAACUGUUGGCUCUCAAAGCUGAUUUCAAAGCUUUGACUGGUAAAGAUUGGACUCCGGAUACAAAAAGUUCGGGGCCUGUAAUCGCCAUAUGCCCAGCUAAGCCUCCAAGUGGUGAGAACGAAUUGCUCGAAAAAAUUGCGUCUCAAGGUGAGAAAGUGCGAGAUUUGAAGUCCAAAAAGGCGGAUAAGGCUGCAAUCGAUGUCGAAGUGAAGCAGUUGCUAUCGUUGAAAGCAGAUUUCAAAAGUGCGACUGGUAAGGAUUGGAAACCUGGAAUGGCUCCAAUCAAAGAUGUUUGCACUACAGCAGUUAAUUCUGAAGACAAAUUGUUGAGUGAAAUUGCCAAGCAAGGAGAUAAAGUUCGUCAAUUGAAAACUGAAAAGGCCGAUAAAUGUGCUGUGGAUGUCGAAGUGAAAAAACUUUUGGCAUUGAAAGCCGAUUUUAAAUCUGCUACUGGUAAAGAUUGGAAACCAGGUAUGCAACCUUCUGCCCCAUCUCCAGUAUCCCCACCUCCUGCUACUGAUUCUGGAGCUUCCGGAGAUUCAGCAAAGGAUGAAUUGACCGCUAAAGUUACGGCUCAAGGGGAUUUGGUCAGGAAUUUAAAGACUCAGAAAGCAUCUAAGGAUGAAAUCGAUAGCGCCGUUAAAGUCUUGUUAGAGUUGAAAGUUCAAUACAAAACUUUGACCGGCACUGAUUUUCCUGUCGCAGGUAGGACUCCCAGUAAACCGAAAGAGGUUAAAGAAAAGGUUGUAAAGCAGAAAGCACAGCCUAAAGAAAAGAAAGUUGUUGAUGUGAACAAGGUCGAAGAUGGAGCAGGAAAGAAGCAAACUCGUUUGGGUUUGGAGGCUAAGAAGGAAGAGAAUUUGUCAGAUUGGUAUUCUCAGGUGAUCACUAAAGGAGAAAUGAUCGAAUAUUAUGACGUGUCGGGUUGUUAUAUCUUUAGACCAUGGUCGUUUGCCGUUUGGGAAGCGAUCCGAGAUUGGUUUGAUAUAGAAAUCAAGAAACUUGGUGUGCAGAACUGCUACUUCCCCAUUUUUGUGUCGAAAGCUGUGUUGGAAAAGGAAAAAACGCAUAUUGCUGAUUUCGCCCCAGAGGUAGCAUGGGUAACAAAAUCAGGAGAUUCUGAUAUGGCCGAACCCAUUGCAGUCCGUCCUACAUCCGAAACUGUUAUGUAUCCCGCGUACGCCAAGUGGAUACAAUCUUAUAGAGAUUUACCAAUCAAAUUAAACCAAUGGAACAACGUCGUGCGCUGGGAAUUCAAACAUCCUCAACCGUUCUUGAGAACACGAGAGUUCCUGUGGCAAGAAGGACAUACGGCAUAUGCGAACGCUGAAGAAGCCAAAGUGGAAGUGAAGACCAUCCUGGACCUGUACGCACAAGUGUACACGGACCUUCUUGCCAUUCCUGUUGUUAAGGGCAGAAAGACCGAAAAGGAAAAGUUCGCUGGAGGUGAUUUCACGUACACAGUGGAAGCUUUCGUCUCUGCUAGUGGACGAGCUAUUCAAGGCGCCACAUCUCAUUUCCUUGGACAAAACUUCUCGAAGAUGUUCGACAUCAUCUAUGAAGACCCCGAGACUCAGGAGAAGAAGUUCGUCUAUCAGAACUCCUGGGGUAUCACGACAAGAACUAUAGGUGUCAUGAUUAUGGUGCAUGCCGAUAAUCAAGGAUUAGUGUUACCACCAAGAGUUGCUAGCGUUCAAAUUGCAAUUGUUCCGUGCGGGAUCACGGCUAGCUUAUCUGAAGCUGAUCGCAAGGAACUUCAAGUCUCCUGUGACGCUUUAGAAGUUGAACUGAAAUCAGCAGGUGUUCGUGUCAAAGGCGAUUAUCGUGACAAUUAUUCUCCAGGUUGGAAGUUUAAUCAUUGGGAAUUAAAGGGUGUUCCAAUCCGCGUGGAGCUCGGUCCAAAGGACAUGAAGAACAAACAAUUGGUUGCAGUUCGUCGUGACACCGGUGAAAAAAUCACGAUUAAACGCGAAUCCGCUGCUAAAGACCUGGCUAAUCUUUUGGAGGCUAUCCAAAAGAACUUAUAUGAUAACGCCUGCAAAGACUUGGAUACUCAUAAAGUGACGUUAACUGAUUGGUCACAGUUUGGACCAAAUCUCGAUAAAAAGAACAUAAUUUUGGCUCCGUUCUGCGGCGACAUCGAUUGCGAAGAAAAGAUUAAAGCUGAUAGCGCGAGAGAUGAUAGCGAGACGGCUGAACCUGGAGCACCAUCUAUGGGUGCCAAGUCCUUAUGCAUACCAUUGGAGCAACCUGCAAAUAUUAAUGCUACGGAUAAAUGUAUCCAUCCUGAUUGCAAGAAGAAACCGCAAUUCUACACGCUGUUUGGAAGGAGCUAUUAAGAAAAUGGCAUUCGUCAAUUAAAUAAUAUAUUUUGUCGGUUAAACAAUAACCUAUUUAAAAUAUUUGUAAUAAAAU